UUGCUUGAAGAGAAUAUUAUGACAUUUGUGAAGAACGAACUGAAGAUGUUCAAGAGGAUUCUUAGUCCAGAACUCCCAGAAGGCUUUGAGAGUCAGAAGCAGGAUAAGGAAGUGGUGGAUGCUGAAGAUGAGCAGCAGGAGAGCAGUGCCAGAGAGGGGGCUCUGAAGAUCACACUGCACGUCCUGAGGAAAAUGAACCAGAAGGAGCUUGCUGACACACUGGAGAAAUAUUCAGAUGAGCUUGCUGUGAUUUGCCAACGUGAACUCAAAUCUAAUCUAAAGAAGAAGUUUCAAUGUGUAUUUGAGGGGAUCGCUAAACAAGGAAACCCAACACUUCUCAAUAAGAUCUACACAGAGCUCUACAUCACAGAGGGUGGAACAGGAGAGGUCAAUAAUGAACAUGAGCUGAGACAGAUUGAGACAACAACCAGGAAACAAGCAAGACCAGAGACUGCAAUCAAAUGUAAUGACAUCUUCAAACCCUUAACUGGACAAGACAAACCUAUCAGAACUGUGCUGACAAAGGGAGUCGCUGGCAUUGGAAAAACAGUCUCUGUGCAGAAGUUCAUUCUGGACUGGGCUGAAGGGAAAGCAAAUCAGGAUGUCCAAUUUGUAUUUUCAUUUCCUUUCCGGGAGCUGAAUUUGAUGAAAGAGGACAAACACACUUUCAUUGAACUUCUUAAUCGCUUCUCAGUGGAAACCAAACAAUCAGGAAUCUCCAUUUUCAACAAGUACAACGUUCUGUUCAUCUUUGAUGGUCUGGAUGAGUGCCGACUGCCCCUAGACUUCCAGAAGAACAAGAUCUGUUGUGACGUCACAGAGUCAACCUCAGUGGAUGUUCUGCUGACAAAUCUCAUCAGGGGAAAUCUGCUUCCCUCUGCUCUCCUCUGGAUAACCACCCGACCUGCAGCAGCCAAUAAGAUCCCUUCAGGGUGUGUUGACCAGGUGACAGAGGUACGAGGGUUCAAUGACCCACAGAAGGAGGAGUACUUCAGGAAGAGAUUCAGUGAUGAGGACCUGGCCAGCAGAAUCAUCUCACACAUAAAGACAUCAAGGAGCCUCCACAUCAUGUGCCACAUUCCAGUCUUCUGUUGGAUUUCUGCAACAGUCCUUGAACACAUGCUGAAACAUAAGAGAGAAGAGAUGCCCAAGACUCUGACUGAGAUGUACACACACUUUGUGGUGUUUCAUACCAAACAGAAGAAUGGAAAGUAUCUUGGGAAAGAAGAGACAGGUCCACACUGGAAUAAAGAGAGCAUUCUGUCACUGGGAAAACUGGCUUUUCAACAGCUUGUGAAGGGCAAUCUGAUUUUCUAUGAAGGAGACCUGAAGGAGGCUGGCAUUGAUGUCAAUGAAGCCUCAGUGUACUCAGGAUUGUGCACACAGCUCUUUAAAGAGGAAUGUGGGCUGUACCAGGACAAGGUGUACUGCUUUGUUCAUCUGAGCAUUCAGGAGUUUCUGGCUGCUGUAUAUGUGUUCCUCUCAUUCAUCAACAACAAUGAGAAUCUAAUGGACAAACCUCAAUCAAUGUCCAGGAACUUUUUCUUGAGGAUCAAACAAAGGCGUAAAGUUACUGUCUACAAGCCUGAAGUUACUCUCUAUAAGAGUGCUGUGGAUAAAGCCUUACAAAGUGAGACAGGAAACCUGGACCUUUUCCUCCGCUUCCUUCUGGGCCUCUCACUGGAGUCCAAUCAGAAGUACUUACAAGGUCUACUGACAAAGACCAGAAGCAGCUCACAGAGCCAUGAAGAAACAGUCGAGUACAUCAAGGAGAAAAUCAGGGAGAAUCCCUCUCCAGAGAGGAGCAUCAAUCUGUUCCACUGUCUGAAUGAACUGAAUGACCAUUCUCUAGUGGAGGAGAUCCAAAGCUACCUGAGAUCAGGAAGUCUCUCUAGAGACAACCUGUCACCUGCACAGUGGUCAGCUCUGGUCUUUGUGUUGCUGACUUCAGAAAAGGAGCUGGAUGUGUUUGACCUGAAGAAAUACUCCAGAUCAGAGGAAGGUCUUCUGAGGCUGCUGCCAGUGGUCAAAGCCUCCAGAGCUGCUCUGCUGUCAGGCUGUGGAGUCACAGAGGAAGGCUGUGCUUCUCUGGUCUCAGCUCUCAGGUCAAACCCCUCACACCUGAGAGAGCUGGAUCUGAGUAACAAUAACCUGAAGGAUUCAGGAGUGGAGCUGCUCUCUGCUGGACUGGGGAAUCCCCACUGUAAACUGGAGACUCUGAGGCAGUCAGGCUGUCUAGUCACAGAGGAAGGCUGUGCUUCUCUGGUCUCAGCUCUGAGGUCAAACCCCUCACACCUGAGAGAGCUGGAUCUGAGUAACAAUGACCUGAAGGAUUCAGGAGUGAAGCUGAUCUCUGCUGGACUGGGGAAUCCCCACUGUAAACUGGAGACUCUGAGACUCACUGGCUGUAAACUCAGAAACACAUCCUGUAAAGUGUUGGCCUCAGUUCUCAGUUCAAACCCCUCACACCUGAGAGAGCUGGAUCUGAGUAACAAUGACCUGAAGGAUUCAGGAGUGAAGCUGCUCUCUGCUGGACUGGGGAAUCCCCACUGUAAACUGGAGACUCUGAGGCUGUCAGGCUGUCUAGUCACAGAGGAAGGCUGUGCUUCUCUGGUCUCAGCUCUGAGGUCAAACCCCUCACACCUGAGAGAGCUGGACCUGAGCUACAAUCACCCAGGAGACUCAGGAGUCAGACUGCUCUCUGCUGGACUGGAGGAUCCACACUGCAGACUGGAGAAACUCAAUGUGGAACAUGGUGGAGAGAACAGAAUGAAACCUGGGCUUAGAAAAUAUGUCUGUGAUCUCACACUGGACCUAAACACAGUAAACAGACUCCUCUCUCUGUCUGAGGAGAACAGAAAGGUGACAUGUAGGACAGAGGAGCAGCCGUAUCCUGAUCACCCAGAGAGAUUUGAGGGCUGUGGACAGGUGCUGUGUAGAGAGGGUCUGACUGGGCGCUGUUACUGGGAGGUAGAGUGGAGUGGGAGAGGGGCUGUUAUAGGAGUGACAUAUAAAGGAAUCAACAGGAGAGGAGGGGUUAAUGACUGUUGGCUUGGAUACAAUGACAAGUCCUGGAGUCUGGUCUGCUGUGACAACAGUUACUAUGCCUGGCACAAUAAUAAACCCACUACCAUAGACGUCCCCUCCUCCAGCUCCCACAGAGUAGGAGUGUAUCUGGACUGGCCAGCCGGCACUCUGUCCUUCUAUAGAGCCUCCUCUGACACACAGACCCACCUGAUCACAUUCACCUCCACAUUCACUGAGCCCCUUUAUCCAGGGUUUAGGUUUUAUGAUGUUGACUCUUCAGUGUCCCUGGAAAUAAUAACCUGACACACACACACACAUUGGACACACACACACACACACACAUUGGCCACACACAUUGGACACACAC